AUGAACAUGUCUGAGAAGGAGGAGGAGUGGAAGAGCUGGCACUUCAGAGGGUCAACUGGGGAGAACAUUGCAUUUGCUGCUUUCUACAUCCUGGUCUUGGUGUUUGCUGUUCCCGGAAACACACUUGCACUGUGGGCGUUCUCCAAGCAGAAGAGCAGCUCUCCAUCUAAGGUGUUUCUGUGUCACCUGGCUAUAGCAGACCUGUCCUACGUGCUGCUUCUCCCCAUGCGUGUGGUCUAUCACCUCAACGACAGUCUGUGGCCUCUGGGACAUGUGCUGUGUCAGCUGGGAGGGUUCCUCUUCUACCUCAACAUGUACUGCAGCAUCUACCUCAUGAGUCUGAUCAGCCUGGAUAGAUGUCUGUCUGUAGUCCUGCCGCUCAAAUCACGGGCUGGCAGCCAGGAAGAAGCCGUGAAGAAAACGGACUGA